GGUUGGCGGCGGGUGGAGGCCGGGGGCAUGAGGCGCAGUUCGAUUGGCCAGCUCAGGCCGCCUGUCGCGUCGGGAUUGGCCAAGCGUGGCCAGCGGAGGCGUGGCGGCGGCGGCGUCUUGUGGGGGGGUGUUAAAGGGCUCGCAGCGCGGCUGUGUGCUGUCGCUGUGCGCAAUGGCCUACCAGGGCUUCGCGCAGGAGUACCUGGGCAUGCCGGCCGUGACGCGGGCCUACACCACCGCCUGCGUGCUCACCACCGCCGCCGUGCAGCUGGAGUUCAUCACCCCCUUCCAGCUGUACUUCAACCCCGACCUCAUCUUCAGGAAGUUCCAGAUAUGGAGGCUGAUCACCAACUUCCUCUUUUUUGGGCCCCUGGGAUUCAGUUUCUUUUUCAACAUGAUAUUUCUGUACAGGUACUGCCGCAUGCUAGAAGAAGGCUCCUUCCGUGGAAGGACGGCUGACUUUGUCUUCAUGUUCCUCUUUGGAGGGUUUCUCAUGACACUAUUUGGACUCUUUGCCAGCCUAUUUUUCCUGGGCCAGGCUUUCACCAUCAUGCUGGUGUACGUGUGGAGUCGCAGGAACCCUUACAUCCGCAUGAACUUCUUUGGACUUCUUAACUUCCAAGCCCCAUUCUUGCCCUGGGUCCUGAUGGGAUUCUCUCUGCUCCUGGGCAACUCCAUCAUCAUCGACUUACUGGGGAUUGCAGUGGGACACAUCUAUUACUUCUUGGAAGAUGUUUUCCCGAACCAGCCUGGAGGAAAGAAGUUGCUGUUAACCCCCAGCUUCCUAUGGUGUUUGACACACCUGAAGAGGAUCCCAACUAUAACCCUCUCCCUGAGGAUCGUCCAGAAAACCAACCCAGAGACCGAGACCAGAACCAGCAGCAGCAUCCACAGUAACCCAGAGACUUCUCCGUGUGGCCAGAUCCCUCUCUUCCGGCUGGACUCGCGCUGCAGCCCAGAGAUCCUACUGGAAUAACGCCAGCUGCCAUUCCGAUGUGUGAUGUCUCGCUGUUUGUGUGGGUAACCCAUCUUCCCCUUGUGCCAAGUGGUUCCACAGAGCUUUGCACAAACUGGUGAAUGCUUACAGACGUGUCCCAGGGACAGGGGCUGGAUGUUGUGAUGGCUCCUCUGUUACCCAGUGGGGAACAAAUGGGGUGUGAAACCAGUUACCUUCUCUUGCUUCUUUCCCUGAAGUCCCCACUUCUUUUUUGGUUGUUGUUUCCAAAGACUCUUUACAUUAAAGUCUUUAUUUUUCA